AGGUUCCUGUGGCUAGAGCCAGCAUUCUCUGGCUUAUUGGGGAAUAUUGUGAACGAGUUCCAAAGAUUGCACCUGAUGUUUUGAGAAAGAUGGCGAAGAGCUUCACUAAUGAAGAUGACCUUGUGAAGCUGCAGAUCUUAAAUUUGGGAGCAAAACUGUAUUUAACCAACUCAAAACAGACAAAAUUGCUUACCCAGUACAUAUUAAAUCUCAGCAAGUAUGAUCAAAGCUACGACAUCAGAGACCGUACAAGAUUUAUUAGGCAGCUUAUUGUUCCGAAUGAGAAGAGUGGAGCUUUAAGCAAAUAUGCCAAAAAAAUAUUUCUGGCACAGAAACCUGCCCCAUUGCUUGAGUCUCCUUUUAAAGAUAGGGAUCGUUUCCAGCUUGGCACCUUAUCUCAUACUCUGAACACCAAAGCCACUGGGUACCUGGAGUUAUCUAAUUGGCCAGAGAUGGCGCCUGACCCAUCAGUGCGAAAUGUUGAAGUAAUUGAGUUGGGAAAAGAAUGGUCUGUAGCAUUAGGCAAGGCAAAGAAAGAGAAACCUGCAGAGAAGUUUUACUCUGAUUCAGAGGAGGAGGAAUCAGCCAGUACUACUGACACCGAGAGUGAAUCUACUAGUGAAAGUGAAAAAGAGGAAAAUGGGAAGGAAGAAGGCAGCAGCGUGGAGAAUAGUGAGAGUUCAAGUGAAGAACUGAGUGACAGUGAAUCAGAGAGCAAAGAUGGUACAGCAAAGAAAAAGUUCAAAACUAUUGAGGAAAGUGACUCAGAAGACCGAGAGAAGAAAACAAAAAUGAUUUCCAAAAAAAUGGAAAGUUCUGGUUCCUCUGGCUCAGAAUCUAGCUCAACAGAGGAAAGUUCAUCGGACUCUGAAUCAGAAUCUGACUCUGAAAGUGAUGCUGAGUCUAGGAAACCUAAAAAUGCUAUUGCCUCCAAGAGAAAAGAAAUGGCAGUACCAGAGAAAAAAGCUUCUACUAAACAAGAUGUGUCCCUACUAGACUUGGAUGAUUUCAAUCCUGUGUCAACUCCUGUAGCAGUUCCCACUCCAGCUAUUCUCUCUCCAAGUUUAGUUGCUGACCUAGAGGGUUUAAGCUUGUCAAGGUCAUCAGUCAUUGAUGUCAGUUCCCCAAUCUUUGUGCCAAUGAAAACUCAUGAAUUGCUUCAUCGAAUGAGUGGGAAAGGAUUAGCAGCUCAUUAUCACUUCUCAAGGCAGCCAUGCAUUUAUGGAAAUCAAAUGGUAUCUGUACAAGUGAUGUUAACGAACACCACGGACCAGAAGUUAGAGAAUAUUCACGUAAGGGAGAGAAAGCUACCUGCAGGCAUGAAGAUGCAUGUGUUUAACCCAAUAGAAUUUCUUGAGCCUGAGGAAUCCAUUACUGUCUCAAUGGGUAUUGACUUUUGUGAUUCUACUCAGACUGCCAGUUUCCAGUUGUGUACAAAGGAAGAUAACUUCAAUGUUAAUAUUCAGCCCCCUGUUGGAGAUCUACUUUUACCUGUCACUAUGUCAGAGAAGGACUUUAAAACAGAGCAAGGAAUGCUGACCGGAAUGAAUGAGACCUCUGCAACAAUCACUGUUGCUCCACAGAAUUCCACUCGUCUUGUGUUACUUGAGAAGGUGGUAAAGGCAGCAAACUUGGGUGCUGUUCCAUCUGGUCAGGAUAACAUACACAGGUUUGCAGCUAAAACUGUGCACAGUGGGUCAUUGAUGCUAGUCACAGUGGAGCUGAAGGAAGGCUCUACAGCACAGCUCAUCAUAAACACUGAGAAAACGGUGAUUGGUUCUAUUCUACUGCGGGAGCUGAAGCCUGUCCUGUCCCAGGGGUAACCUGCUUACAUCUGGACUUCAGAAUCUGGCACACAACAAAAGUGCCUGGCAUCCACUACUGCUGCCUUUCAUUUAUAAUAAUAGCCCUUCCAUCUGGCAGUGGGAGAAGAAUACACUCUUGACAUUCUUGUCUCCUGCUUUAGAAUGCUAGUGUGUAUCUAUCAUGUAUGCAAGGGUUUUUUUUCUGCUUGCUAACCAGAGAACAUAUAUUUUACUGUCAUUUAGCUACACUCUUAAAAGUAUUUCUCAGUUGUUCUAUCCUGGUACUUCCCCUCUCUUUCCUCCUACUCCCUCUUCCACUUUUUCCUGCUAUAAAAGGUAACUAUUUGAUAAUAAAGUUUGGAGAAAAUCAGCUUGCCUGAGCAGUGAGCUAAAAUGAAAAAGAGAGACUCCAGCAGAAUCUACAAGGUACAUAGUAUAGGAUGGAUUUGUUGUAUGAGGCAUGUAAAAGGACAAUAGACUUACUAGAGAAUGUCAUUUGUCCAGUAAAGCUACUUGUAAGCUUGACCUCAUACAUGUUGUUAUAAAGUCAUUUCCAGCUACUGCCAUAUUGUCAAAUAUUUCUAAAUGUUAUAUCUCCAGUAAAGUAGUGUUAUGAA